AGGUUCUUCGUGAACUGUUUGGAAACAAACGUCUCGAAUUAGAUGUCAGUGUGCCAGAAGAUCAACUUUUGGAAUGUUUUGCAAACAUAUCUAUGAUCUUAAAAAGUACCUGGCUGGGGUUGGCAGCGAAUGCAGAAACACGAGACAUUUUCAGCAGCGAGGGUGCUAUAAAAACAUUCGAAAAUACUACCAAUCCCGACAAACAACUUUCCAAAAUAUCAAAUACAGUUUCAGCCACCUCGAGUGUAUGCAGACAUAGAAAUACUCCGUUGAAACACAUUGGUGCUGAAGAAUUAGUAUAUUUGUCCACGAAGUGUCACUACGAAAACCUAAAGAAAAAGGACAAACGUUUUUACAAGUUGACAUGGACAUCGAAAUUCGUUGUUAUUGCCGAAGCAUGCUUGUACAUUUAUGGAGAUGACAGGAGCUCAAAAUAUGAAGAAGCAUUUAGUAUGUCAGAAUGCAACCGUGUGAGCGUGUCUGAUGAAGAUCCUUGCGAAAUAUAUUUGGAAUUUGGUGCACAAAAACUGAAGAGCCAUAUAUUUCGCUGCGAAACUCAAAUGUCAACUGAGAGAUGGAUGACACUGCUUAAAGAAGCGAUGAAUAAAACUCAAGAUGCUGUAUACAGUGUUGAAGCAACAAUAUAUAAAAAUCGGGGUAAAUAUUGAAUAAGACGAUAAGCUGUCUGCUAGUGGCAUAUAUUUUAUAUAGAACAAUGACCAGUUUUUACAGCUAUGAAAUGCCGGUGAAGCCAUACCUUUGGAACCAAACUAUUACUUCAUCUGUAUAU